CAACUAUUAUAGCUGAAGCAUCAAAUAUGUUUUAUGUCUUGUCUACCUUGGAAGAGGGGACGACUUGUCAUGCUUAUAUAACGGAUUGUAAAGGUCAUGUUUUAUUCAACAAAAGUCCGAUGGAUUGUUCCGGUUCUUGUUUGGUGACGAAACGUGAUAAUGUGCCAGAUGGUCCAUAUUGUCCUCAUAUGAUACUUCAUCAAAAUUCGGGUCCUGGGCUGGAGAAACACCUAAAACUUGAAGGAAAUCAUUGCGCACAUGUUGAUGGUAACAAUUCAACGUGGACAUAUAAGGAAGUAAGGUGUCCCAAAAAAUUUCCAAAAGUUUGUGCCGGUCACUAG